UUUGGUUGUAUUAUUACUAUUAUUGUAUAAAAUACUCCAAUCCAAUCAUGCAAAAACUUUGGAAGGGGAUUAUUAGGUAAUUGUUUAAAGUCUAAAGGGCAACUUCCCAACCACGCUUCUUUAAUCUGAUUUAUUUUACCACCACUUCCAAACAAACAAAAAGCAAAAAAAAAAAAGCAUGGCAGCAGCAGCUCCGCAGCCGCCACCGCCGCCAUUCCUGGCCACAAUACCCGAAAAUACGGUCCCUGAAACCGCCCCAUUCCGGCACCCAUUGUAUGCCCGCAUCCGUUUAGCCACCAUUUUAGACGUCCCCCACAUCCAUAAGCUCAUCCACCAGCUCGCAACCUUCGAACGCCUCGCCCACCAGUGCACCGCCACCGAAGCCUCUCUCGCCGCCACUCUCUUCCCUUCCCCGAACCCACCUCCGCCCUUCACUUCCUUCAACGUUUUCAUCCUCGAAGUCUCCCCUGACCCCUUCCCACCACCUGCUCCACAGGAGGACACGACUAACUCUUCCCCGUUGCUCAAAACUUUGCAUCUGGACCUCCCGAUUGAAGACUCGGAGAAGGAAAUUUUCCGGUCCGAAAUCGGAGGCGACGUCGUCGUGGCAGGAUUCGUGCUGUUCUUCCCAAAGUACUCGACGUAUCUGGCGAAACCCGGGUUUCACAUAGAGGAUUUGUUCGUGAGGGAGCCUUAUAGGAAGCAUGGAUUCGGGAAAAUGCUGAUAACGGCGGUGGCGGGGCAGGCGGUGAAGAUGGGUUACGGGAUGGUUGAAUGGGUGGUGCUGGAUUGGAAUGUGAAUGCUAUUCAAUUUUACGAGCGAAUCGGCACAAAAGUUUAUCAGGACAAGAGGAUUUGUAGGUUGACUGGAGAGGACCUUGACGUCGAGGGGUCUGCCAAAUGAGUCCAUUUCAUUUUGUUUCUAACCAGGAGUCAUAUGGGAUGGCAUUGGCAGCAUGAAGCUCCGUCGUCUCCUAUGAAACAAUAAUGUAUGUCGUUAGUUACUUUCAUCGAGGAUUUUGAUAUCCUGUUACAGUGAAGAAGAAGAAGCCAAUUUGCCUUGUACAAGAUCAAAUUAGGCCAUCUCAGCAGCCUGAGGGGGGGAGAUCUUUCUUCUGAUCACCCCUAACCAUAAUUAUUAUUAGUAGGAAGAAGAGUCAAAAAAAAAAAAGGCUUCUUUUUGGUAAUUCUAGAGAAGCUUGGCCAUAAACCGCUAUUUAUGUAAUCUCUUCAA